CAUUUAUAGGGGACAAGCGAGGUGAUCCGAGCCUACAUGUGAACAUUUAGCUUAGCGUGACCCUGAAUUGGACUUUAAUGUGAAACAACACACAGGAGAAACAUGUCUACGGCUUUGUCGCGCUGCCUCUGCCGGGUUUUAUCCCGACAUAGCGCUCCGUCAAGCUUCAUGUUAGGAGAAAAUCACAGUCCUUGGUUUGCACCAGUGAUGACAUUUAAAACAUCUGCUCCACUGAGAGCGGAGCCCAAAAAGAAGAAGAAAGUGGACCCCAGAAGGGAGCAGAUACUGAGAGACAGGCUGAGAAAGAGGCUGAAAAAGCUGGAGAAAGUUCCGCCCGAGCUUAUCCCAAUUGAGGACUUCAUCACUCCGACCAAAUUCUUCGAUGAAACAAGGGAACGCCCUGCACCAAGGCUGUCAUUUGAAGAAAGCGAGCGUCGAGCCGCACUGCUGAAGAAGUGGAGUCAAUAUAAACAGAAGCAGCACUUAGAUGAAGUGCAGGCUAUUGAAGUUGCUUUAGAAGCGCAGAGGGAGGCGCUCGAAGAGCUGAAAUUAGAGUCUGAGGAGCUGUACCAAGCAGCACUGAAGCCAGACCCCCUUCUCUUUCCCUUCACUCAUCAAGGUCCCACCUACACACCGCCAAACCCCAAAUACUACGCACCCGAUGGGAAGUACAGAGACAUCACUAAAGUUUAUACACAGUGAUGAACAAGGAACAGUUGUAGGUGCAGCCUGAGUGUAUUGUCAUUUAUUUAGUGUGUGUCCUUGUAUGUAAAUGAUUCAAGAAGCCAAGAUGCAGCCCUCUGUGGGUAUGAAGGACACUUUUUUUUCCUUCCUUGAAUUGUACAGCCAGCGGUUUUUUUUUUUUUCCUCAACAACAUUCAUGAAAAUGUUCACAUUGACAUCUCUGUAUAAAACACAACGAAGAAUGGAUAAUAAAAAUGUACUUUUUUUUUAAA